AUGCAACCCACCCCGCCUCUCGGUUUCUCUCUCUACAUAUAUAUACAUUAUACUUACACGUGACGUUUUUACUGUCUCUCUCUCUUUAACCCUUCUCUUACAGCACUCCGAAUCUCACCCUGCAAGCAAGACGACCACUAAUAGCAAUCCAAAUCUUCACAGCAUUCGACUAAUUGUUUCGAUUUCUCUACUCUUUCCCUAUAAAAGCCACACACAAAAAAACACACACAGUAUUUUGUAUAUGAUAUACAUGGCAUAUGCGGUGUCGUCUAUCGUUUUCUUGAAAGAACCCCUGGUGAAAUUCAUGUGAAAGUAUGGAGAAAGGGAUCUGAGACAGUGAAAGUUAGAGAGAGAGAGAGAUGCUUAAUGAUGGCAACGGAUCACUUGCCUAGGAAUCCUUUACAAAGUAGUUGCUUCUAACUCUACGUUUCAGGUGAAUGUAGUGUUCUUUUGAGUCCUUUUUUGCUUCUUCACCUUUCGAAGUUAUGCUCUUUAAAUCUUUGCCUUUUGAGUUGUACUUCCCUAGUUCCUUCUUGUUGUGAAAUCUUUGUAGCCCUUUAGUUUUAGUCCACAAAGCUAAAGAGUGAGAGCGAAUGCAGUCUUUUGAUUGGCUGAAUUCAAAAGAACUAGAUUCACUGUUUAAAUUUCUCACUCGCUCUCAGUUUUUGAACUAAUAGAAGUUACUUAGUUUUGGACUGUAAAGAUUGGAUUUUUAUGGUGUAAUCUAAAUGGGAUUCGGUUAUUUCUCUGUAUUCUGUUUAUGUUCAACUGUGGGUGGCAUAUAAUCUGUUUGGAAGGUUUUGUUCUUGGUGGGUUUUGGGAGGGUCCUCAUUGGACUUGACGCUGUUUUUCAUGGUAAGUGUGGUGUGUUUCGUUGCUGAGUGCUUCAUACUGGAAUAUUCAGUGGCUUGGAUUCAGGCAUUGUUAUUGGGUUGCAUAGAUUUCGUGAUGCAAUAACUAGAAAAACUUGGACGAUUUGUGAACUAAGGGUAUGCAUUAUUUCCUUAUACCUUGGCUAAAUUCAAGAAUAUUUCGGUCAUUGCAUCGAUUCAUGUGCUGAUCAUGACCAGGGCUGUUCGUGAUCGGAUACUUAAGGAUGUGAAUGGCAACAUUAGUGAUCAUCUAAGAAAUCACAUUCAUUUGACGAAUUGCAUUCAUUUGAAGAACCAUAUGCAUAAGCAUAGCCCGAUUUUGGCUGAUAGGGCCCUUAUGAGGGACCUUGUCGUCCUUCAGAGGUCAAGGUCUUUGAGGGAUCCAUCCACAAGUCCGCCUUCAUGGCGUUCUCCUACUGUUGACGUGCUUCUCAGAACAGGUGAAAGGGAGGCUAUGGUCAAUGGAAGAAGGUCCAUGGGCAUAGAUCGUCCAAGAGAGGGUAGAGGGAUUGAGAUUAGGUCACCUCCAAUAGGAGGCCAAUCUAUUCAUGUGGUAAGCAGGCAUAAUGAUCAGGCAGUUCCAGCUGUGAGCAACCACACUAGUAAGAGUGUUAUUCGGGAACGUAGAAGAGGAGAAGGAGAAGAGUCAAGUGGAAGAUUUCUGGGAAAUGAUGUCAUUGACUGGAGUCAUGAGCAUCUACGAGACAGUAAUGACAUUGCACAUGACCGUGUUUCUGGACACAUUGAUUCAAGAGACAAAAAGAUUAAACAUAGUGGAAGAAAUAGACAAGAUGUACACCUCAAGACCCUCUCUGACCAAUUAAAUGAGUUCCAUGCAGAAAAUGAUGAUGGGGCCUCCUCUCAUAACCAUGGCAAUGGAAAAAAUGCUCAAAUUGAAAAGAAUGAUGAAGCGGCUGGAACCACUGCAGGUGGCUACAAAAGCGGUCUGAAUAGGGCGAAAAGGCGUAAGUUUAGAGGUGCUAGAAGAACUCGGGCCACUGUGGCUAGCCAAGAUGCUGGUGCUAAAAAUGAAAUGUCUGUGGCCUCUAAUUCAUUUGCUCAAGGUGGAGCACAUCAGAAAUAUCAGAUGGAGAAGAUGAAUAAAGAGCAUACCGAUCAGACUGUCACUGGCAUUCCAAGAAAUGGUUGUGGUAUUCCUUGGAACUGGUCAAGGAUCCAUCACAGGGGGAAAUCAUUUCUUGACUUGGCCGGACGUAGCCUUUCUUGUGGCUUGUCUGACUCAAGGGUAAAGAUUGGUAGUUCUAAUCCUCAAGGGAGGGAUAUCCAUGAUAGGCCAGUCAUGUCAGAGCAUUCAAGUUCAUCUACUAAGUCUGAUGCGGAAGCAUUGCCUCUACUGCUUGAUGCUUCUGAAUCUCAGGGAAGUAUGGGGAAUGCUGCUUGGCUGCAUGAUUAUUCUGGGGAGCUGGGGAUUUAUGCCGACAACCUACUAAAACAGGAAGUUGACAUGGACCUUGUCUCAGAAGGAAGAUCCGGCGAGCAACACAAAUUUCGAAGGCAUCGCAAUGGGAGGCAUCAAAAUCUCACUCAAAAGUACAUGCCAAGAACUUUUAGAGAUCUGGUUGGUCAGAACUUGGUAGCACAGGCUCUUUCCAAUGCAGUAUUUAAAAGGAAGGUCGGUUUGCUCUAUGUGUUUUAUGGGCCUCAUGGAACUGGUAAGACCUCCAGUGCACGCAUAUUUGCCAAAGCGUUAAAUUGCCAGUCUUUGGAGAGUCCCAAACCAUGUGGCUUUUGCAAUCCUUGUGUUGCAUAUGAUGUUGGGAAGAGCCGAAAUAUAAGGGAAAUGGGCUCAGUAAGCAAUUUUGACUUUGAAACCAUUACUGACCUUCUUGACAACAUGAUCCUUUCCCAGCUUCCAUCUCAGUACAGAGUCUUGAUCUUUGAUGAAUGUGAUACAUUGUCUCAUGAUUGUUGGAAUGCUAUAUUGAAGGUCAUUGACAGAGCUCCCAGGCGUGUCAUUUUUAUCCUCAUCAGCUCCAGUCUCGAUGUCUUACCUCACAUAAUAAUAUCCAGGUGCCAGAAAUUUUUCUUCCCAAAAUUAAAGGAUGCGGAUAUAAUCUAUACUUUACAAUGGAUUUCAACGAAGGAAGAUUUAGAAAUUGAUAAGGAUGCGCUAAAGCUUAUUGCAUCAAGAUCAGAUGGAUCGUUGAGGGAUGCUGAGAUGACUCUAGAACAACUGAGUUUGCUUGGGCAGAGAAUCUCUGUUCCCCUGGUACAGGAACUGGUUGGGCUUAUUUCCGACGAGAAGUUAGUAGAUCUACUUGAUUUAGCAUUAUCCGCAGACACGGUCAACACCGUGAAGAAUCUGAGAGAGAUCAUGGAAUCUGGUAUUGAACCAUUGGCAUUAAUGUCGCAACUUGCUACAGUUAUAACUGAUAUUUUGGCCGGAAGCUACGAUUUUAUGAAAGAAAGGCCUAGAAGGAAGUUUUUUCGGCGGCAAGCAUUAUCAAAAGAAGAUAUGGAAAAACUCCGUCAAGCUCUGAAGACAUUAUCUGAAGCUGAAAAGCAGCUGAGAAUGUCGAAUGAUAAAAUAACUUGGCUGACGGCUGCUCUGCUACAACUAGCUCCUGAUCAGCAGUAUAUGUUACGAAGUUCCUCCACCGAUACUAGUCUUAAUCAUAGUCCUCCAGGAUUAAGUAAUGUUGAUUUAAGAGAUGGACCAAGGAAAAGCAAUGUCAGAUAUACUGAAGUGCCUAAUUUUCAAGCUGGAAGUAUUGGGGAUAUUCAUCGUAGUGGUAAGAUGAAGGGUAUCAGCAGAGACAGAGUAUCUCAACAGGGGUACAGUGCUUCAGAAGAUAAAAAUAAAGCUACGGGUGUGCAAUUACAGGGAAGAUUUGGUCAUGAAAUUGAAGAAAUUUGGUUGGAUGUGUUACAUAAGAUACCAAUAAAUAGCAUAAAAGAGUUUCUAUAUCAAGAAGGAAAGCUGAUCUCAGUCAGUUUUGGUGCAGCUCCAACUGUGCAAUUAAUGUUCAGUUCACCGCUGACAAAAUCUAAGGCAGAAAAAUUCAGGGAGCACAUUUUACAGGCUUUUGAGUCAGUUCUUCGGUCCCUUGUGACCAUUGAAAUUAGAUGUGAAUCAAGUAAAAAUGUUAGGGGAGGACCAAUUAUGUUACCUGCAUCUCAGGAAAUUUCAUCUCGCCUACUUGUUACUGAUGGGAUGCCUAGGACAGGUCACGGUGAUAUAAGAAGUCUUCAGCAGAGUAGGGAUGGUUCGUCUCAAGCCCAGUUUGACACGACUGGAAUGGGUCGAACUGAAAUUGUUGAAGUAGAAGCUUCUCCAAGAGAACCUAAAGGGAGUGAAACCAAAAAUGAAAAGGCACACCAGAGAAAUAUGAGGAGUUCUUUUGCAGAUCGUAAAAAGUUAGGUGAGAGAAACCAGAGUCUAAGCCUAGUUAGAGGCAAGGUAUCCCUUGCUCAUGUAAUUCAGCAGGCAGAAAGAUGUUCACAACAAAGUGGAUGGUCAAAGCGCAAAGCUGUUUCAAUUGCUGAAAAGCUUGAACAAGAAAAUCUGAGACUGGAACCAAGAUCAAGAGGCUUGCUUUGUUGGAAUGUUCCUAGAGUAACCCGUCGAAAGCUUUCGCGUUUGAAAAUCAGAACGAGGAAGCCAAAAACUUUGCUGAAAUUUGUCUCAUGCGGGAGGUGUCUCCCCAGCAGGUCUCCAAGGUAAAAAAAAGAAACCAUACUACAUGUAUCGAAAGGUUUCAUUGCAGAUUUCAGUUCUAUUACUUUAGGUUUACUUAUGUUUAGGUCUUUCAUUAAUCAUGCCCUAUUCAAUGAGAAUUAAAGUAGAAGUAGAUCAAAUGUAACUUUAUAGGUUUUGUCGAUGAAAAUUCAAGUUUCCUUUUAUGAGUUCUUUCACCUUCGAGGUUUGAAAUUAAGCCGACUAUUGAGUAAGCGCUCUUAAAUUGCUGAAGACGUGACUUGUUUGGCAAGAUGGACAUAUGGAAGCAAAAAAAGAAUAAAGAACUUGCUUAUUCUACAAUCCAGUGCUAUGUUGAAUGUUCUGGGAUAAGCACGUUCGACCUGGCAUGAGUUGCUAAAUAUUGUAUAAAGCCGGAAAAUCAUUCCGAGUAAAGAUAUAAGGAUUUUGCUGCUCGGUGCCUCGCAAUAUAUGAAGAUAUGAUUAUUGUUUUAAUUUUCUGAGUGCAAAUGCAUUACAAUAGGAUAAACCCAUUUUCAAGUU